AUGGGGUCCUCUAACCCGGCAGAUGAUACCCGGCGAGACAAAAAGAAAUCCAAUAAGAGCCCACAUCGCAAUAAAAGUAUAGAUGAACUUCGAGAGCGACGAAAUCGGAAAAAAGCAAAAGAGGCAGAAAGGAAGAAACAAGAAGAAGAGGAGAUGUCAACGAUGUUUGACGAACCUCCUCCCAAAAGCCCUGAAGAACUGCGACAGGAGUUGGAUGAAAUUAAAAGGAAACUGAAGGAGUCGAAAGAAAGUAAAGUGCAAAAGCUCGCCGAAAUGGAGAAAAAUAUGAAAGAAACAAAGAAGGAAUUGGCCAGUACAUUCGGAACGGAGAUUGAUGGUAAAAUAAAGGAGAAACAAAGACACGAUAAGCAUCACAAUGAAAUACAGGCUGGGGCACAAAAGAUAAUGGCUAAAUUACGAGAGGAAAAUCACGGGUUGCGAGCAACUGCCACCAAGUUUCCGAAGCAGAAUAAGGAACUGAAGAGAACUAAUAAUGCCUAUGACAGAACCACUCAGCAGAUUUUGAUGCAAAAUGACGCAUUGCAGCAGUUUUGUGACAAAUUGCAAUUCGACCAAGAUAAACUUCAAAUGUCUAGCGAUAUCCACAGAGAUGAGUACAUUCCUUUCUACAGAGUUGAAAUAAGGGAGAAACAACGGGAGGUAGAUCUUGAGAAGAAAAUCAGGAAUAUCUAUCGGGAAGCGAUGGUUAAGGUUUGUAAACGGAUUAUGAACACAAGAGAGCUCGAUUUGAUUGAAAUAGUGAGUGAACUAAUCGCAGAAGUCGAAGGGGAGUUCAAUCCAUCGUUCGAUCCAUCAGUUUUGUUUGUCAGGGAAGAUGGUACCAAGGCCAAAGACAAAGAUUCGGAUUCUGAUGACGAUUCUGAUGACGAUUCUGACGACAGCAGCUCAUCCUCUAGUGAUGAUUCGUCUGCAUUGGAGUCAAAAAGUGAUCCUGAAGACGAUUAG